ACCUUGUGGAACUGGGGUUAAACAUCGAAGCUGACAAGUUGUCCGUGGUGCUCAAAGAGAAAAUUAGAGUAUUCAAGGACAGGGUGUUUGGUCGAGCGAAUAUUUCCCUGAAGGAAGUAUUUACCAACCCUGGUAAUAAGACGGGUUUAUCGACUCAUCUGCACGAUGAAACUGGAAAGGCUCUACAGUCUAAAGUAACGAUCAAGAUGGUGUAUAUUCCACCCGGGGAUGUUGAGACCAACACACCUCCCAUAGCUCCACCCGAAGCAGAAUCUGAAUCUGAAGAAGAUGAGGAUGAUGUUGACGAAGAGAAAGAGGAGAGAAGCGAAGACCAAACAGACCACUGGGGUGGGAUGGAAGCAGCCAACUACGAUGUAGAAAACUCAGCAGGAGUGGUCAAAGGUUCAGCCAUCAUUCUUGGGAGCAAACCACUCUUACAGAAGGAUGAGGAACUGUCGGAUGCAGUACAGGACUUCCAAGUCAGGGUGCGCCUGAUGGAGGGUAGAAGCCUGUACGGAGAGAACGUCAGUCCGGUGUGUAAGAUCACCUUAGCCGGGAGAACCAGGCAAAGUCGGGUGUGCCGUCACCAGCGGGAUCCGAAUUUCAACGAGUCGUUUUUCUUCAACUUCCACGAGUCUCCCGCCAACUUACUCCAGGAGCCAUUGUCAUUCACGGUGUUCGACUCACGUAGGUGGAGAAAGGAUGCAUUGAUAGGCUCGUUUAAGAUCGACCUUUUGACUAUUUACCAACAGCCAGAUCACACCCUGCUGAGUAAAUGGAUGUUGCUGACCGAUCCUGAUGACGUAGCUGCCAGUUCUAGGGGGUUCCUGAAGGCCAGUCUGGUUGUGUUAGGGAACGGUGACUCGGCUCCGGUGGAGAAACCAGACGAUAAACUGGCAGAAAAAGAAAACAUUGAAGAAAAUCUUCUCCGGCCAGCUGUGACGAAGAUGAUCCCUGCCAAUCUCUGUGUCAGAAUAUACCACGCUAAGGACCUCCCAGAGACCGACAGAGGAUCCCUGUUGAAUAUCCAGAACAGUCUGCCCGAUGGGUAUGUGUUGGUGCAUUUCUCAGGCAAAAAGGUUGAAACCAAGCAGAUGAAAGACCAAGUUAAUCCACAUUGGAACCAGGAACUUCGAAUAGAUUACAAGUUCCCGACGCUUUCCAAAGAGGUAAAGAUUGAAAUAUAUGAUGAGGACAGUAUGAGAUUUGAUGAGUUGAUUGCAACCACAUUCCUUAGAUGUCAAGAAAUAUCUUUCCCCGGUCAAAAAGGAUUUCUGCCCAGUUUUGGACCAUGUUACCUGAAUCUGUAUGGACCACCCUUGGACGGCCGGACAAAUGUAUCCUCUUCCAUGGAAGAUGAGAUGGAGAAGGGAAAGGCAGAAGGCGUGGCCUAUAGAGGACGACUGAUGGUUGAGCUGAAGACGGAAAUUUCGCAGAGCAAGGGCAAACCUGGAGUGUCUGACAUCAGGAGAAAGGCCCUGGACCGCAUGAAGGAUCUACGAGCGACACGUAACUUCCGGGUGUUUGUGGCCCUGCUGGAGGCCACGUUGAUAGAGGAAGGAGGUGGAGACGUCAAGUUUGAAGUCAGCAUGGGACACUACGGCAACAACGAUCCAGGCUGGGAAAAGUUUGCAAUCUUUUCAUCGACUUCCCCGACGAAACUUGUGCCAAGCGAAGGUGAGGAAGAGAACUUGUACCACGUUCCAUGGGAUGGCAUGUGCCCUGUACUGACCUUCUCCUGUGCAUGGGAGGAUAUCGUACACAGGAUACAGACACACAACGCUCUCAUCAACCUGCACAGGGUACUGGUGGGUAUUGGGAUUGACCUCAUUUAA